UAAAAAUAAACACUGUUACAGCAAAGAAGAAUGUUACUUUCCACCAAUGCUGUUUAAACAGUGUUUUUCAUAGUUCCCAAAGUAAACAAGGAGACCGGAGUGACGUAGCAGGGUGAUAGGCUUCAUUGACCAGGGUGGGAGGCCAGAAUGACUAGAGUGGGAGGCUGGACUGACCAGGGUUAGGGGCUUGAGUGACCAAAGGCCAGAACAACUAGAGGACGCAGUGACUUGAAAUGAAAGCCUUUGCUGAUGAUACUUGCGACAUUCACCCAUCUCAACAUUUUGCUAUGAUGGCAGCUUACUAAUCCUAUGACUGCACCAGGAGGAGUGACAAUAGAGACACAAUAUUUCACUGAUAACCUAUGGCGCAGCUUACUUCUCUCAAAAACAUCAAACCAUCACGUCUCCCCAGCAGACUUGUGUGUAGGGUAACAGCCAUGCAGUUGGAGGAAGGUUUCCUUGUGUUGCGUGUAGAAGACAACACAAAAACCAAGGAUUUAUUCAGAAAGUUUCGACUGGAUUCUAUUAAAAAAGAGAUCUGCCAGAAAGAUUGGCAGAUUGAUGUGUGGCUGCCUUCUUCCCAGAAAGUGGACAUCUUAGUUAGAUGUGCUGGCAAUGAAAUAGUGCCGCAUCUCAAGGUAAGGUCAACACAACCUCCAGCACUCACUUCCACCUCCACCUCCACUGCUACCAGUACUAUCACCAUCACUUCCACUCCACCUCCACAACCAAAGAUGAUUAGGGCAAUAGUGUGUCUGACUGAGUUGGAGUGUCGUGCUGUGCCAUUAGGAACUCCAUUAGGGACUGCUGAUGUGGUGCACGAGCUUUUCCUCGAUAACAGCACAGGAGACAAACUGCGGGUCAUUCCCUGCACUGACUUUGAAUUCUGUGUAAAGGAAAGAAUGGACCUAGUACCGGUUAUUGAUGGCAGAGCGUUCGUGGGGACCAUUGAGUUGGACAAGAUCCGUAAUGGUUUGUGUUUUUUCCUGCUUUGUGAGGUGGUGAAUGUUAGCCGAGAGGACAGCACAGGUCAUAUGGUGCUGAGAGUGAGGGAUGCUACCAAUACCAAGAUUGUAACAAAGAAGUAUGACCUGGAUAACCUAAACCAGAAUAAUGGAAAACCAAGUGUUGAUAGAAUUCACUCCGAGGCAGUUGAUAUUUGGGUCACCUCACCACCAGAGAACAUGAAUAACUUGAAUAACAGAAUUAUUGAGUUAGGAUUGAUAAGGUGUGAAGAAGUGUCCCGCAUAUAUGUUGGCCAGAAAUGGAGACCCAUGCACAUUCUCACUGCAGAUGCAUCCUUGCCCUCUUUUCUACUGAAAUUACUUGAAGAUGGGUUGAGAUGCUGUAAGACCAUUAGAAGAAACAUCAGUGAUCGAGAUGAGAAAAGAAAGAGGCAAGAUGAGAAUGAAAGGAGAGAUCCAUGAAAGCAAUAAAAAAUCUUGACAUGGAAAAUUAAGAAGAUACUACAAAGGGAAGGAAGAAGUAAAUCUCCAUUACCUGAGAAAAAUGGUAUUCUUGUUGUAUUUUAGUAGUUCAAGUACAAAAAGGUAAGAAAUCAACAGAAAAUAAUAUUAUUUUGUAAAACAGUUCAUGUUCAUUUAUUACAUAUAGAAUGAACAGAGAAGAGAUGAAUA